AGGACCGGUUUCGCCAUCUACUGGUACCUGAUGAAGAUGACUGUGAACAAACUAAUGCAUGGCAGCUUACUUUUAUUGUGACGACUGAAGGCCAUUCUACGCACUCUGGGAGCUUCACAGAAUCAGCUGACCAUCUGCCAAAAAAGUCUCUACAGGGAUUACAAGCAGGCAUGGAUACAGUCUUACACCGCAGUCAGAAGGACAAACAUUUCCAGGAAUCAUUGCAUCCCAAGAGAAAAGGCCCCAGGUUGAGUUCUUUCUCUGUGCAUCAGCAUAGAGCUACGGCAGGGAACAUAGCAGCAUUUGAAGUAAAUUCAUCAGACUUUCCAGAGCUGGGGUAUGGAAUGGCUGGCUGUCCCCUUGAUCAUCAGACAUGCAAUAGUCCAUCUGCUCCAUAUGUUACUCCUGCAGUCAACCAUUCAAAAAGCAAAGGCUUUAACAGUAAAGGAACCUAUGAAGUCACGGUUAACCAUCUGGAUUGCAAAGGAUUGCAACCAGUGCUGCAGGAAAAAGAAUCUAGUCACCAACAGACUUCCUGGGCCAAUGUUGCAUCCCUGCCACCAAAGAAAACUUCUCUGAAUAGUUCUGCCAUGCCAAGUGCAUCAACGGAGAUUUUGGAUCAAACAUCUCAAAACACAAAGGCAAUGCUGAAGAAGAGGAAAAAAAGGAAGAAGAAGGUACAUCAGUUGACCUCAGAAGACACUGACGUGGAGAAGGUUGAUGUUUUCAUGCUUAAAGAUCCUCCCAAAUUUGAAGAUGAAGAGGAGUUCCCUGGACUGGUUGUAUCACCUGCAUAUCUUCGCAAAUUUCAAAGAGACCUCCAAACAAGGCCACCCAAAGAUGUGGCACAAUAUGAUGGAUUAACAUCGUCACAAAAAGAGGUUACUGCACAGCAAUUUGAAGAAAAGGUGAACACAAGACCGAAGGGGAAAGGGCAGAGAGCAGAGAAACCCAGUGGCAGAAAAAGUAAGAACCCUGUGCAGUUGGAUUUGGGGAAUAUGCUGGCUGCGUUGGAGUUGAAGCAGCAAUCCCAGAGAGGGAAACCGGAGCAAAAGCCGGUCACAUUAUCAGUUGGAGGUGCGCUACCUGCGACGCAGAGAGAACCAUCCCAUCAGAAGAAGCCAUUGUGGGUACAGGACAAGAUUGCUCACAAUCCCUUGGACUCUACGAGUCCUCUUGUAAAGAAGGGAAAACAGCGGGAAGUCCCUAAGGCAAAAAAACCAACUCCUUUAAAAAAGGUCAUUCUGAAGGAACGGGAGGAAAGAAAGAAAAACCGUUUGCUGGAAGAACAAGGUCUAUCCCCGUCUACUCAAGAGUUUCAGAACACAAACGUGGAUACUACUGAGAGCCUGUGUAAUGUGGAUCAACCUGAUUCUCAAGGUGAGAUCGGCAAUCUUUUUCUUGAUGGUCCUGAAGUGGAUCAACCACAUGAAAAUACCCUGAUGGAGGCCACCAUUCCACAACAUCCUAAAAUCCACAGUAGAAAAUUUAGAGACUACUGCAACCAGGUCCUGAGUAAGGAUGUGGAUGAAUGUGUGACCAACCUGUUGAAGGAGCUUGUUCGCUUUCAGGAUCGCCUGUAUCUGAAAGAUCCAAGGAAAGCCCGCAUAAAACGCCGGCUAGUAAUGGGUCUACGAGAAGUUCUCAAGCAUCUGAGGCUUCAUAAAGUAAAAUGUGUCAUCAUCUCACCCAACUGUGAGCGCAUUCAGUCCAAAGGUGGUCUAGAUGAGGCUCUCUACACCAUCAUCAAUACAUGCCGGGAACAAGACAUUCCCUUUGUUUUUGCCCUUUCUAGGAAGGCUCUGGGUCGGUGUGUGAACAAAGCAGUUCCUGUCAGUCUCGUUGGCAUAUUCAACUAUGAUGGAGCACAGGACCUCUAUCAUAAGAUGAUUGAGCUAUCAUCUGAAGCAAGAAAGGCCUAUGAUGAUAUGGUUGCAAGCUUGGAGGAAAAAUCCCAAGACCAGCUAGCAGACAUUACUGAACCAGACAGAGAUCCAUCACCAGAGGGGUCUGCUUCACCAUGCGCUGAGGAGCCAACAUACAUGACACUGUGGAAGAAGAUGCUUGAAAAGGGACUCGGUGACAGAGAUGAGAGGUUUUCCAGUAUCAACACUGAAGAUUUAGAGCCAUUGAAUGAAAGUACGACUACUUGUUUACUACCAGACACCAGAUAAACCAGCUGUAAAAAACUAGAAUGCUAUGAUGAACCUUGAGUGCCUCAGAAUGUUUGGAAAAAAAUGCAGAUAAUAUGAUUUAGUAACCAAAAUACUCAGACAUAAGUAGAUUUCGAAGCACUGCAUUCAUGAGAGACUGUGAUUAUUGUAAAUAAUUGAAUGUGCUUAUACUGUAUUAAGAUUGUAAAUCUGUUAAAUGCUUAAUAAAGUACAAGGAAUACCUUGGAGACCACCUUGAUAUUUUGGAUAAUGUAUAGAGAAAUGGGAAUGUUAUGACAUCUUUUUAUUGUCUCCCAUUCAACUGGGACAUAUUGGCCCUCAUUUAUGAAACGUGCGUACGACCAAAACCAGGCGUAAAACAGGCGUACGCUUGUUUCCACGCAAAGUUUGGCAUUUAUCAAUGUGAACGUGACCGGUGCUAUACGCUCAAAUCUCACGUCUAGUCUGAACUCGCGUACGGAAGUUUUUCAGGCGGCAUAGCACUGUGCAGCAGUAAAUCGCCGGUGGAUUACAAAGUUGAUGAGUUGAAUUUAUGGACUCUCGGACAUAACUCUCGGACAUAACACCUUUCCUGUACAUGUGCAGCCUAUUUGCUUUAAUGUAGCAUAUUAUAUUGACACAUUUGAUGGCUUAGAAUAGCCAUAGGAGAUGAUUAUACUUUCUCUUUGUCAAAUGCAACAUUUAUGAAUUAUAUAUUUUAAAUUAUUUUCAAAGGGCAAAUUUCAGUGUCUU